CAAUCGUUCGUCCAAUUAAUCUCUCUGCUUCACUUUCUCCACCGAAGGUUUUGUAUGCUCUCUCUCAAUUAGGGUUUCUAAUUGAAGUCCUCGAUCGAUUCGUCCCGAUUGAUAGGGUUUUUGUUGAUUUUGUAGGUUUUUUUUUUUUUUUUUUUAAUUUCUCGUUUGAGUUGUAUCGCGAUGGUGUUAUCGACGAGCAAUAGUAGCACCACACACGAAUAUGUCAACGACGACGUUAUGAGCAAGACCCGAUACGACCUCGUUUACUGUGGAGAACUCAAUGAGAGUGUUCUGAGCCAGAUUCAAUCGAAGUGGAAAACGAAGUUGAUACAAGCUGGAGUCAUAAGCGGUACGACGAUGGAGACAUGCUCUGCUUCGAUUCCACAACCUGUGACUCCGGAGCCAAAUCCACUUCUACCUGAGAAUGCUCAAUUUCUUGAGUCGAGUCCAUCCAUGAGCCUUGUGAAUGUGAUGAUGUCCCCAAAGAGAGAGUGUGACGGAUUUUAUGAUAUUCCUCAGCAAGAUGGUGCGAGAGAUCUUGUUACAGACCCAAACACUUAUGCUCCUUAUGAUGUAGAUGAGAAUGAAGAGCUUUUGAACGAGGACGAUGAUGAGGAAGACGCUAUUGAUGAAGAUGAUAUCAACAGCAUUCCACAUUUGGUCAUGUGUCAAUUUGAUAAGGUGAGGCGUUGCAAGAACAGGUGGGAGUGCAAAUUCAAUGCGGGCGUUAUGCAAAUAAACGGCAAAAAUGUUCUUUUCUCAGAGGCCACUGGAGAUUUCAACUUCUAAAAGAUGCAACGAGAAGCACCCUCUUCAGAUUUUACAGAACAUAUUUUGGCUUUGUUACAAUAUACC